AUUUGCAUUAGAUCCACGAAACGGAUCGAACGGUCACGCGAUGGCCGACACGCUGGAGAUUGACGAAGGUUGCUAUUCGGACGAAGACUUUGACGAAGAGAGCCUGCAAGACGACGCCGAUGUGAAACCACUGAUGUCGCCGUCGUCAAAAAUGGUCCCUUUGGACACUAAAGGAAAGCCAUCGCUCAAAGGGGGGUCGUCACCGCCGCGACGCGGGACUGACUCGGGCAAACUGGCCGUUCUCACAAACCCUCGAUCCCCUCGGGAGCUAUCCAUCGAUGCCUCCGCCAUGCCAAAAGUCAAGCAAUGUUUCACGAGUCGUUCCAACUUUCCACAAGUAAUGACCAAGCCAUCGUCUCCCUCGACGUCGCCGUCCAAAAAGCUGCCGCCUCCCCCCGAAAGGUACAACGCCUUGCACGGGGGACCAAUUGACCCGAGCUCGCGUGUAUUUAUGCCUGUCAAAGGCGAAGCCAAGCAUUUGCCUAUACCUGACAAGCGCGACACGCCGCCACAUGACAAGAAGUUCAAGCACAUUCCUAAAUCUAUUAGCCACACGACGCUGACAAACCCGAGAUUGCCGGUGGAAGAAGAAGCCAAACCCCACGUGCCCCACAAGGUCAAGAGCGUGCAGAGCUUGGCCCAUGAAAUCCGUCGGUUGCGAUCUCGCACGCAAAACGUGGCCGACGACGACAGCAAGGCGACACCGGAUGCCAAGGAGCGACAGGUGGCGGCAGCAGCCCCUCCCCUGUCGCCGUCGUCGUCGAAGCGGGGCCUGAGCCGGUCCAACUUCAAUUUGCACUUGGACACGUCACCCAAGCCGCCAAAGGUCCUCGAGCUGCAACUCCCCGACAGCCCCAAGCUGACCAGCACGGGCAAGAAGAAGGGCAUCCAGCGCAACAACUUUUCGCUCGGGGCGUUGAAUCUCGAGCUCGAUUUGGACUUGGACGAAUCCUCGUCGCUCCACGACAAGUCGUAUGACCUGUCUGCGUCCGGCACGUUCGACGCCGAGUCGUUCCAAAUCAAGCAAACCGGCAUCACGCGGUCCCCCGGGCGGUCCCCCACGCAGCCCCACGACAUGAAAAAACACUUGAUCAAGCUCGGAGUGCUGGGCAAAGGCGCGAGCGGGGUCGUACACAAGGCGCUGCAUGUGCCGUCACUGCUUCUCGUGGCCGUCAAAGUGAUUCCCGUGUUUGAAAACGACAAGCGACACCAGUUGAUUGCCGAAAUGAAGACGCUGUACAACAACCUGGCGUCGCUUUCGGACGACGCCGAGAGACGCAAGGUUGCGUGCCCUGAAAUUGUGUGCUUAUACGAUGCGUUUAUGAACCCCAACGAAGGCAACGUGUCGAUCGUGGUUGAGUACAUGGACGGAGGCAGUCUCCAGGACAUUGUCGACACGGGGGGCUGUACGUCAGAGCCCGUGUUGGCGAAUAUUUCAUACCGUGUGUUGAAGGGACUGCGGUACCUCCACGAGAUCCAUCAACUCCACCGAGAUAUCAAACCGAGCAAUCUAUUGAUCAACCAUUUCGGCGACGUCAAGGUGUCGGACUUUGGAAUUGCAAAAGAAAUGGAAAACUCCAUAGCCAAGGCCACGACAUUUGUCGGCACGUUGACGUACAUGUCCCCGGAACGCAUUGCCAGUGAAGCGUAUUCGUACAAGUCGGACGUGUGGUCGUUUGGGCUGUCCAUUAUGACUUGUGCACUGGGUCAUUACCCGUAUACGUCCAAGGGAGGGUACUGGGAACUCUUGCACAGUAUUCGCAACGAACAACCGCCAAAGUUGCCUCUGGGCACGGACUUUUCCCCGGACUUUCAGGACUUUUUGGCCAAGGCACGGGAUUCUACAACUUGUGACAUGGGGCUAACUAAUGGACUAAAUAUAUCAUCUAUCUAUUUAGUGCUUGAUCAAAGAUCAAAAUGAGAGGUGGAGCGUCAAGGAGCUGCUCGAACACGAUUUCCUCCGCGAGUGCCGACGUGAGACAUCGUUUGGGCACGACCACAGCGGCGGGUCGUCCAAAGCACUUGAUGACGACUCAGAGGUCGACAGCUUUGAAGUGGACGUGAUCAUUCCGAAGGUGAUGGACUACUACCUGAAGAGCGCCAAGGAUCUCGUGCUCGAGCACGACUACAACUACGACGACAUUGUCGCGUGGCUUAAACUGUUGCCGCCCAUGCAACAUAGCAAGCUGAACCGGUUUGCCGAUCAAAUUGGCAUGCCCAGGCCCGUCGUGUACAAGAAAUUCGAGCACGCGAUGAACAUCUUGGCCGGCAACAUCAAGGACGUGUACUUUGAUGACGAUGAUGAGGAGAAAUCUUAACAUUUGAAUCAUAACCACUCUUCUGUUUACUA